AUGGAAUAUGGGCAGAGUAUUGUUUCGGAAAUGCAAUCGGAACUCGCUACGAUGGAGUUUGUUCGCCAAAAUACAAACAUCCCGAUCCCGAAGGUCUACGGUUAUGAUCUUAACGAUCAAAAUACCGUCGGAUGCCCCUUUUCGUUCUUGGGAUACGUCCAUGGAAAUACUGCGGAAGAGGUGGCGCGAAGCUUUCCUGGCGGCCAUGAGGGCAUUCCCGAACAGUUCGAAGAGAAAUUCUGGCGGCAGUUUGCCGAAGUCAUGAUUCAGCUCGCAUCAGUCCGGAUGCCCAAGAUCGGAUCCAUCACGCGAGACGAAGCCGACCCGACAAAGUAUGUGGUAGGGCCGCUAGUUGAAACCAACUCCGGGCCGUACGAAUCGGCGGCUGAGUUCUACACUCACUACCCACUGGCAUUGGGCAACAAGCUCAGGGCUGAGGGCGAGCAAGCGGAUGGCCAAGAUGAGGUACUCGCAGCUUUUCGGACCCUCUCUGCGUCCUUUCGAAACAACGAGGCUGAAGGUCAUCACACCGAAACUUUCGGGCUUGCGAACUACGAUCUAAACGCCAACAACAUCCUCGUCGACCGUGAAUUCAAUAUCCUGGCGGUUAUUGACUGGGACUCUGUCAUUGCAGUGCCCGAUGCGGCCUUGUAUCGCAUGCCAUUUUUAAUGGGUGUCGCAUGCCCGAUCCCAGGCGUUGUGGACAACCAUCCUGCCGUGAUUAGGCGGCUAUUGCUUGGGAGACGGUUUACAAGAGUUGUCGAGGACGUUGGAUGCGAGCAGAACAUUGGCGAAGACACGAAAUGGCCGAGAUUCCUCUUUACUCAAACUGGAUUCUCCUCGAAAGAGGCUACAGCCUUCCGAUCAUUAACUUACGUCAAAAUGGGACAGGAGGAAGUUAAUGGCAGAUGGCUGACGGCCCUAAGGUGGCUUAGAGAUCAUCAUGACAUGGAUGUGAUCCAGCUCUCUUUUCAAAGCUGA